CGUUUCGUUGGUGCGCUGAGUUGUCGACUGGUAUUAAUCCUCUCCCUUUCCGAUUAUGAUUGCAUGAGUGGCCACUUGGAUGUUUACGAGGUAGACGUGGCCGGUUGGAUACUUACAGGGAAAACGUGGCCGCUUAAAUCGUCCUCGCGGAGCAUCGGAGAUCCGCUUGGAAUAAAAGCCCUAGCGCGAGCCUCCGGCCACCGCCUUUACCCCUCGCCGCUCGCCCCCCGACGCCCCCCACCCCGCCCCGGCAACCCAACCUCCCGCGAUGUCGUCCGCCGAGCAGCCCCCAAAGAAGCGCAAGCACUACGACGCCUUCUCGGAGCCUCCGAACCCUCCCCCCAACCAGAGCUUCGCCUCUCCGCCCCCUCCUUCUCCCGCUCCUCCUCCGCCAGUGGCGCCGCCGCCUCCCCCCUCUCAGGAGGAGAUCCUCCGGAAGAGGAGGAAUAGGGAGGAGAUACGGAACCUAUACGAGUGCUAUCGCCGGAUCACGUUCUGCGUCGCCCAGAAGGACCCCCGUCUCAUGCCCGACCUCGAACAGGCCUAUCUCUCUCUCAUCACCGCCUCUCGAGGUUGCACAAGUGUACAACGUAUUGUAGCCGAGCUUAUUCCUCGAUAUGCUUCAUACUGCCCUACUGCUCUUGAAGCAGCAGUUAAAGUGUCCAUCAAUAUGUAUAAUUGGAGCUUAGCUAUAAUAAUGAGAGGAGAGGAUGUAGAUGGGGUGGCAUUCCAGAUUUCUAAGGCCUGCAUUUUUGGGUUAGUUGAUAUAUGUUGCACGGCAUCAUAUGAGGCACCGACGUCAUCUGUUAUCCGGGGCAUCUGCAAUGCUGUUUUCCUAAAUGUCCUUUCCUUUUUCACUUCAACUUUCGAGGGCAAGGAUAUCUAUCCAAUAGGUAGUAAGGAAAUUCUAAAACUGCAAGAACCGAUGGAGUUCUUUUAUGAGCUGAAGCAGGAGCAAACAGAUGACAAAGAACCUGCUUUACAUAAAUUAUUUGAACUUCGAGCACUUAGCUUGCUCUGCAUAUUUUUUUCUUUUCCAAAGAAUUUACUUGCAGCUUGUUUUGAGCUCUUUGUUUCUGGUAAAACUGAUGUUGUCAUUCAUCAAAGAGGGCAGUAUUUUCUAAGGCAGGUGACAAGACAUCUGAAUGUUGGUGAGACGAAUCAUGAUUUGGAGAAGACAAUCGAUGGGACUUUACUAUGCGCAGAUUCAGCAGAGCCUGGCACAAAUUUCAAUGCAAAACCUGUAGCAAAUGAGAAUACCAUACCAGAAAAAUCAUUGCAACAAUCUAACAGCUCUUUUAUGGGAAUGGCAAUUAAUAGGGAUUCAUCCUUGAGAAGUUGGAUUCUUUUGAGGUAUAAAAAACUAAGUGAAUCACUUACACAGCAAGCUAUUUCAGAAAUAUCAUUCUCUUUGGAAAAAGUUUUGGGUUCUUUGUCAGAACAAGUCAGAGAAGUAGACAGUGAAGAGAAUGAUGAGGAUAGUUUUGAUCCAUCAAAAUAUAUCAACCAUCCAUAUUUGAUCCAUAAGAUCCAGCAUGAUAACCAUGUUGAUGUGUCGAAGAGGGGCCAUUCUUGGAGAAUGCAUGAAGCAUCCAUUCUUGAUGCGCUUCCCAAGAAUAAUGAUUCUGCUGAAAAAAGUGCAGGUCAAAAUGCGAAGCCUCUCCACUCGGUGUUUCCACAUGAGAUUAACAUACAGUCAGUAGGUGAAAAUUCUACUAAUGAAGGUGAAAGGGUGGCCCCUCCAAGUACUUUGGAGAUGGGAAGCCAUGAAGACAUAUGCCUGGAGAAAAUCUCUGCUCCAAAGGAAUCAACGACCAAUCAGUUUCUUCGUUCAGGCAUCAGGAAGCAGCUGGAUCUCCGAAAUGAUGAUUGUAGGGAGGAAAGCCAUGUUGGGAACCAAAGUUUGGAUAUUGAUCUUGGGAUGCCAGCAAGUCCUGGAGGUGAAGCUGGAAUUUUGCCAUCUCCUAAACAAAAUUUAGUUGUACAAAAUCAUGUCUCCAAUCAAUAUCUUUUGCACUAUGAUGGGGAUCCUCCAGCUCUGGAUGUGUUCUCAGCUUCUAAGCAACUGUGGUUAGGUUCACUCGGCCGUGAUGCUUCUGAAACAUUAGUUAGGUUGCAGUUCGAGGAUUUUGGUCCCUUAGAUAAUUUUUCAUUUUUACCUGGGAAAGAUUUUGCUUUGCUUGAAUACAGAAACAUACUGGAUGCUGUGAAGGCACGUGAGUAUAUGCAGGGUUCCUCUUUAUGGGGUGGCUGCCUUCAUAUUAAAUUUUUGGACCAAGGAUUAGGUAGCAGAGUUGUUAAUGGUACAGCUAUCGGUGACAGCUGUCAUGUUUAUAUUGGGAAAGUGUUAACUCAGUGGGCGAAAGAUGAGAUAAUGCAUCAGUUGAUGGCAUUGGGAUUGAGGAACCUUCAUGUGGUUGCUGAUCUUGCAAGUGAGCAUGGUUUGCUGUUGGAGUUUGGGACUGCAGAAGAAGCGGCUCAUGCAAUUGUGCACAUCAGGUAUCAGCGUAGGGAGAGUGGGUCUCAUUUGUACCCAAAUAAAGGCUUAACACUGAAUGCAUGUACAGGGGAUAAGUUUGUUUCUGGCUCUCAGCUUUUUGUGAGGCAAAUAGAUGCGUCUGUCCCUGAUGUAGAAUUAGUCAAUGCAUUUUCAAGAUUUGGAGAGGUUACUGGUUGGCAUUUUGAUAGACCGAGUGGCAGCUGCUAUAUAGAUUUCCGAUCAUAUGAAGCUGCAGAUCUUGCAAAGUCCCAUUUGCAUGGUGCAAGGUUUGGGCCUACAGCAAUUCAUGUUGAAUUUAGGAAAGAUAGCUUUACUGACAGCAACAGGAUCAGAAUAUCUCAGUUAUCUUCUUUAUUUUCAUCUCUUUGUGCUAAAUACAAAAUUAAUCAGAGUACAAGUUUCUCUGAUAGUCAUAAAUUAAAGAAAUGUUAUCCAUCUGCCAUGAGAGAUGAAAAACCAACUAGCACCCUUUGGAUUGGUUUACCAGAUAUUACUUCACCAAUCUUUACAGAUGAUGAUUUGAUGGCAUUGUGCAAUGUUGCUGUUGGAAAUCUUGGGUCUGUAGUUGGAUUGGCACGAGCAGGAAUGCAAAGUUCUAGCUGGUUUGUUGAGUUCAGCAGUGUGGAUGCCGCAGCUACAGCUUUAAAAAAUAUCCGGAAUUGUCCAGGCAUCUUCCUUCAAAUUGAGUUCAGGAACUCCAAAGCUGGCUUUUAUCAUGAUGAACGACAACCAACUCCAAGGAAAUUGAAUGCUUCAGGAUACUUUUCAUCCCAGGGGGAACUCUGCUCUGCUGGUUUGGAAGGUAAAUCAGGGAACCCCUGUGCUGGUCCUUUCACAAUUAAACCUGAUAGUGGCAUCCAUGAACUUGUAUCCCCAAGAGUAAAUGUGGAAAAGCUUGGCACUCAAGUACAGAGUGGGCAAGCAUUUCAGUCGAACUGGACUGUUACAGGCAAUGCAGACACGCUGGAAGUCGGGUCAAGAAAGGUAGAUGAUUUUGGCAGCAGUGUGCCGAUGGAUUUAUCAUUUGUUGGUCCUUCCACUUCUCAUGCUGGUGAACAAAUCUGGCAGUACAAGAAGCAGGAGAUAGAGCCACAAAUAUUGGCACAGGGAAGCUUACCAUGCCCACCCAUGGCUUCGCAUGGCGUCUCUAUAAGACCACCACCAAUUCAAACAACAUCUUUUGUUCGUCCUUUUUAUCAUACUCCAAGCAAUUCCUGGGACAAUUCUGGUCUAAAUGCUCUGAAUCAAAUUUCUGCUGGCAUGAUGCCUAACGACAAUCGUCAUGUUAAUGCACGCCCUGCUGUUCCUUUUAUACCUUCUUCUAUAACUCCACUUUCACAGCUGCCUGGAGGUCCCAUUCAACGUUUUGACCAAGUGGUUACCGUUCCAGGUUUACCAAGUGUAGCUCCCCCACCUCCUCCAGCUCCUGAUGUGCCACCUCCAUUACCUUCUCCACCUCCAUUACCUCUUUCUCAGCCUCCCUCCAUUCCACCCCCUCCAACUUCUCCUCCACCACAUCAACUUGCUGCCGAAUUUUCCAAGUUGCAAACAGGUAUGCCAUGUCUACAUCAUCAAUGGCAAGGUGCUCUUUCAAAAAGUGGGGUUCACUACUGUAUGGUAUAUGCAACUAGAGAGGACUCUGUUGCUUGCAAAUAUUCAAAUGUUCUAUCUGAACCAGCUGACUGGCCUUCUAGAUUAGAUGUAACAAAACGGACAGACUUUCGGCAUGUGAAAACAACCUUUGCUAACACUCCUCCUAGUAAAAGAGAGGUUUGUCGGUUGCUACCCUCUACCUCAGGCGACCACAAAGGCCCUGUCUAGUAAAGAACCAGUUGGAAUGAAUUGGAAUGCUAAAGUAUUUUGCCUAAGACUGAGCUAAUGCAUGUUCUAGAUUCAAAAUCUUGUACCUUUCUUGUACUGGUCAGUGUUGACGUGCUUGAGCAUUAAUUUGCUAGCUAGUUUUGGAGAAUGCUUUAUGUGCUCUCAUAAGGGGGAUGAAUAUAUAACUUAAACAGAGUAGCUUGUGCUUUGGUUUUCUGUGUCAGUUUUUUCUGUCUUACCUUUAUCAGCCUGCAUAAAUACUAUUUUAUUAUUUGUGUUAUCUUUUUUGGCUGAUUUUUUUUUGCGAUGGAAUUAUUAUUUGUGUUACCAAGUAAUGAAUGCAACAUUUCUUAACUAGCUGGGUCGUUAAAAAUAAAUUUAGAUUGGAGACAAGCUUUAGUACAAGAAUCUGUCAAGAAGCCUGUAAGCUAGACAAUGGAAGGCAUAUUGUUGGGAAAAAUGGUCCAACGAUGGAGGUGCCAAUUUUGUGCAAAGCCAGCUUUUGGUAAUUUAAGCAUAAUCUAGCCACUCAAUGCUGUCAGGUUAGUGGCGAGGAUAGUGAAAGAACAACUAGUUAAGCAGUUGUAUAUCUCCUUUGUUAUUGUAGGUGUCAAUUUUGUGCAAAGCCAGCUUUUAGUAAUUUAAGUAGAAUCUAGCCACUCAAUGCUGUCAGGUUAGUGGCGAGGAUAGUGAAAGGACAACUAGCUAAGCAGUUGUAUAUCUCCUUCGUCAUUGUGGGAUGCUUCCCCUCGACACUCAAUGGGAAAUAUAUUGCAUAAUUUUCAAAAGGUGACCUCUUUAAGAAAGAUAAUUAAUCUUGUAGUAUAAGAUCAAUUAACGAACAUUUUUAGCCAUAAGAUCAAUUAACGAACAUUUGUAGCACAUGACAUGCUAAAAUGAAGGCUUCAUUAUUGCGAAGUGCCUUUGAUUGCAAUGCUUUUGACUUCUGAUGGAGCAUCCUCAAGUCUAAUCCCAUCGAUAAGAGUUGCUUUGGAUUCUCAAGAUAAUACUUAUGUAAAUGGCAGGGUCGGCGGAACUAUCCUGAAUUGGGCGGUUUUGGCCGUCCCGAGCCGUACCGGUGGCAUCGGUACGGUUCCGACAACAGAUACGAAACCUGUUGCCGAAGCCGAAGAAAGAGAAAGAAAUAGAGCGAGCGGGGGAGGGAGGGUGAGGGAGAGGGCGGGACGCCGACGGAGGAUUGUUGGAGGCCCAUAGAGGCCGGCCUUGGCUGCGGGAAACGAGACUAUGGCCGCUCCUUUGUUUCGAGCGACACAGGUGUCCGGCCGCGACCUCGCUUCUCGUGGCCUCGGCCAACCGUCUACCAGGCUCCCUCCCUCUCCUCUUCUUUUCUCUCUCUCUCUUUUCCUCUCUCCCACGGUUUGCAUGCCAAUAAAUAAAGUCCUUUGAAGUAUAUUGCGACAUUUCAUAUUUUUUAAUAAUUAAUUCUUUCUUAAGAAAUCAAUCCUUUUUCCUUUGAUAAAAAAAUGAAUAUACUUCAUUUUAUUUUUUAAAAAAAUUGUUAUUUAAAAUAUCUAAAAAAUUGAUAACUUCUACAUAUUUCUACAUUUAUAUAUAAUUUUUUAUUUUUCUUACAAGUUCUUUAAAAAAUAAAUAGUUCAUGAUUAUUUUUUAUUUAUAUUGGAAUAAAAGAGUAAUGUUGGCUUUUAAUGCAAAAAUUUAUCAAUAUUUUUAUGUUAUAUAAUUAUUAAGUGAUUUUUAAUACAAACCCGAUCGGAUUAAUGACCUAGACUCUCAUUUGGAUUAGUCUCCUUAUAGGCUUGAUAACUAUGCUUUAUAGUGUAUUUUGUCACUAUCUUUUACGAUUAUGUCAGUUAUGUUAGAUUUUUAAUACAAACAUGAUCGGACCAAUGACCCACAUCCUUGUUCAGGUUAGUCUCCUUGAAGGUUUAAUGACUGUGUUUUAUACCCUUACCUAGUUACCCUUGCAUUGCGUGCAAUUAAAUAGUGUAUUUAUCCUCAUCAUGUUUGAUAAAUCAUUUAUGUUAGAUUUUAUUAUUGAAUUUCGUUCAAAAUCUGAUAUAUAUCUAAUAAAAUGUAAUUUAUAUCCAUAUUUGGGAGGGUGAGCCUCGAGCAACGGUAACGUUGCUCCAUUAUGACUUGGAGAUUAUGGCUUUGAAACAUGGAAACAAUCUCUCAACAUACAUAGGUAAGGUUGCAUACAUUUGAUCCUUUUCAAGCCCUGCAGUAGUGGGUGCCUCUUACAUUGGGCCACCAUUUAUUUUAUCCUUAUUAGGAUAGAAAAUAUGGAUAUAAUUGAUAUCCAACUUGUAUCUGUAAUUAUUCAGAAUAAAUAUGAAAAUGCUUAAUAUCCGAUUUGCAUCUAUAUUUGUAUAGAAUAAAUAUGGAUACUAAUUAUGCUAUUUCUUUUAAUAUUUGUAUGCAUAUUCACAUCCACUAAAAGAAUAUGGAUAUGGAUAUGGAUAUAUCGUUAUUUGAACUGUAUGUAGUCUGCUUUUAGCUCUACCACCUAGGCACUUCAACUUUUAGGAAUCUCAAAUUCCUAGGCAAGGUUGUUUGCCUAGACAUGUAUGUUGGGGGUCUAGGCAUGCACUGGGUACUUAGGGGUGUAACCUAGUGCUAUAGCUACUUUGAUUGUAUUUA